AUGUCCACUACAUCGAAACCCCAUCCGUGGCUGAGAACAGCCAUGAAAAUGUCCCUCAAGAGACUGCCCAUUCUCCACAGCUUGGUAUCCAAGUCCAGCCAUAUACGUACCAAGAUGAAGAAACCCAUGAUGAUUCAUAAGCUUGUUUCUAUCAAGAAACCCACAAAGCUUAAUAGGUUUAAGCUCCUCAAGCAUUACAACUAUGGCUACCUUGGAGGGUAUCAGUUUGACUCCCCUUCGAGCACUCCUCUUAUUCGCUACUGCAACCGAGAACACGAGGUCCAAAACAGAAGCAUCCAUGAUUUUUACUCGGUGCUGCUUUGGUGCAAGUGUUUUGGUAGCUUGAAAGCUCAAGUGAGAGAAGAUGUGGCUGCUCCCAUGGAAUUGGCAAUGGCAGGGGGAAUAGAUUUUGAAGAAGAUGAUGGAGAUGAUGAUUCAGUUGAUGCGAGGGCUGAGAGAUUCAUUGAAAAUUUCUACGCAGAGAUGAAGCUGCAGAGGCAGGAAUCGUUUUGA